AUGAGUGAUGAGUCGCAGAUGUUUUAUAAUUUGAGCGGAACAGACUGGAGUGGAAACGAGGUUAACUUUUCGGCAUUUGAAGGCUGUGUUUUGCUGAUUGUCAAUGUGGCGUCUGAUUGCAAGUUUGCUUCCAUGAAUUACAAGAAUCUUACAAAACUGCUAAAAAGGUACUAUGAGAAGGGACUGAGAAUUCUGCUGUUUCCAUGCAACCAGUAUGGCAAUCAGGAACCAAAGAGCAUUGAAGAAAUACACGGUGUAGUCAAUGGGUAUUUAAGAGGAGAUGAGAGUGAGAAUGAUGCAGGGAAUGGUGAUGAAAGGUUUGAGCUGUUUGACAAGGUUGAUGUAAAGGGGAAGAAUCAGCAUGAAGUGUUUAAGCACUUGACGAAUGCCAAGAAUGGCAAGAUGAUGUCGUUUAUAACGCCUAUUAUGUGGAACUUUACGAAAUUUCUUGUUGAUCGUUCAGGGAAUGUGGUAAAGAGGUUUCUAACUUUCCGCACAGUAGAUAUGGAAGACAAGGAUCUUUUGAGAUGCAUUGAUGGUGAAUAA